GCCCACUGGCCACUGUCAUGUGCCAUGUGAGCAAAAGGAUGCUCCAUUUUUACACCUAACUAACUCCGAGAGCAACCUAAGUACCUAACCAUGCAGUACCACACAGGUUGGCCCAAGAGAGGCGACAGUCACACUGCAGUGACAAUGUCCCCCAGCGACAUGGCCGGGCGGUGGAGGGAGCUGCAAGGCAGCGACCACUGGGAGGGCCUGCUGGACCCACUGGACGCCGGCCUCCGGCGCUGCCUCAUCGCCUACGGCGAGAUGAUCACGGCCACCUACGAGGCGUUCAUCGGCGAGAGGCGGUCCCCGAACGCCGGGAUGUGCCGGUACCGCCGCGCCGACCUGCUCCGACGCGUGGACGUGUCCCACCCGGGGUGGUACGCCGCCACGCGGUACAUCUACGCCACGGCCAGCGCCGAGGUGCGCGGCGAGGCGCUGCUCAGCCCGCUCUGCCGCCAUGGCCGCGCCAGGGAGUGCAACUGGAUGGGGUACGUGGCCGUGGCCACCGACGAGGGCGCCGCCGCGCUCGGCCGCAGGGACAUCGUCGUGGCGUGGCGCGGCACGCAGCGCGCGCUCGAGUGGGUGGCCGACCUCAAGCUCGCGCUCGCCUCCGCCGCGGGGAUCCUCGGGCCCGAGGGCGCCGACGGCUCCGACCCGUCGGUGCACCGCGGGUACCUGUCGCUGUACACGUCGGCCGACGAGGGAUCCAAGCUGAGCAAGAAGAGCGCCAGGAUGCAGGUAUUGACAGAGAUCGCAAGGCUGAUGGACAAAUACAAGGACGAGGAGACGAGCAUCACCGUCGUCGGCCACAGCCUGGGCGCGACCCUGGCCACGCUCAACGCCGCCGACAUCGUCGCCAACGCCUGCAACAAGUCCUCGGGCUUCGACGACGGCCGCCGCGCCCCGGUCACCGCCGUGGUGUUCGGCAGCCCACGCACGGGGGACCGCGCCUUCCGGGACGUCUUCCACCGCCUCCGGGGCCUCCGGAUGCUCCGCGUCCGGAACAAGCCCGACCGCAUCCCGCACUACCCGCCCGUGGGCUACGCCGAUGUGGGCGUCGAGCUGCUCAUCGACACGCGCCGGUCGCCGUUCCUCAAGCCCCACGGCAACGAGUCGCAGUCGCACGACCUCGAGGUCCACCUGCACGGCGUCGCCGGGUGGCAGGGCGACGGCGGCGGGUUCGAGCUGGUGGUGGAGCGGGACGUCGCGCUGGUGAACAAGUUCGACGACUGCCUCGCCGACGAGUACCCCGUGCCCGUGGGCUGGAAGGUGCACCACAACAAGAACAUGGUGAAGGGGCCCGACGGGAGGUGGGUCUUGGAGGACCAUGAACCUGACUACGGCGACGAGGAGGACAUUAACUUGUAGGGCAACAGAAACAGCAAUGAUCUGGACGUCGUCGUCCAGUCCCGCCACGCCAUGCCAUUGCCAGCCGAUCGUGUUUGGUGUUGCGUGCUACACAUCUUAUCAUGAAAUUUUCUACAUAAGGGCCUUGAAAGAAGUUUUUUCAUACAGUUCUGAUAAAUAAACAUGGCGCGUUCACAUGACUGAGACUCGAUUAAUACACAUUGUGAAGCCAUGUAAACACAA